GAGAGGAUGCUGAACGCCGACCGCCUCUCUCAGUCCGGCCUCGACUAUCUGGCGCAGAGAUAUGUCCUCACGUAUAUGGAAGAUGCAGUGAGCCAGCUGCUGGAAAGCAGAGAGGAUAUUAGUCAAUAUGGUAUUGCCAGAUUCUUCACUGAAUAGAUUGCUGACUGCCAAGGAAUAUCACUGCCUGUUGCAGCUGCUUUGCCCUGACUUUCCGAUGGAGCUUACUCAGAAGGCAGCAAGGAUUGUGCUAAUGGAUGAUGCCAUGGACUGCUUGAUGUCUUUUUCAGACUUCCUGUUUGCUUUCCAGGUCCAGUUUUACUACGCUGAGUUCCUUGAAAGUGUGGCCGCCAUCUAUCAAGAGCUCCUGACUGGCAAAAAUCCAAACACUGUCAUUGUGCCUACGUCAUCUUCUGGGCAGCAUCGUCCACGCCAGACUCUAAGUGACUGCAACCCACUCGAUGGGGUGGAUGCAUCUGUAUUUUAUCAGUGCCUUGAGUCUCUGUGUGACAGGUCGAAGUACAGCUGCCCCCCAUCUGCUGUUGUCAAAGAAGUUCUGAGCAGUGUGCAGAGACUGACCUUCUAUGGAUUCCUGAUGGCUCUUACGAAGCAUCAUGGGAUCAACAGAGCCCUUGGUGCUCUUCCAGAUAAAGCAGAACUCCUACUUGACCCACUUAUGGACCAAGAACUAGAGAAACUCACAGCCCAAGUCUCUGGGCUGUCCAUUUCCGGUUCUACCAUCUCCAGUGGGGAUACUGCAAAUCUGCCUUCCCGCCAGUCGCCGAGGAUCAGUUUCCCUUGGAGGCCCCUCUACCACCGCCGGAAGAUGGACACUGAAAGCGAUGGCUCCACAGAAGAGACAGAUUCUUCUGAGAAUUAAUGGAAGGCAGCAGCACCAA